AUGAGAUGCUCCGUAAGGAUAAAUUUGAACCGUUUAAUAAGAGAUCCUUUUACUGAGUUCCGGGAUACACCUGCCUAUUUGGUGCCCCUGUGGCAGGCUGGAUGCCGGAUACCUGAGGGAGUCCUCAUUCUUCUGAUAAGAGUGAGCAAUUUAAGGAACAUAUUUUUCUAGUUGUGACUCAGAUUGCCCGUGAGCUCUAUAGCUGAGGUGGCUUGAGUUGAGAGGUAGUGAGUUGCAGUCAGAGGUGAUGGAGGGGAUUCCUGUUCAGUCCUAUUUCCAGCAGCUGCAGCUCUCACCUCGAUAACCUUAGAACCUCCUUUGGUGCUGCUUUCAGUCCCUGUUUUACACAGAAUAGAGGAGCUGCGAAGUCACAGUGGUUGCCACUGGAAUUUUUAGCUGAUAGGUGAAGGAAUAAGCCAGGCCUGCCGCACGCCAGCCCUGAACUGUCACUUCCCUCGUAAAGUUUGGGCGUCUUGGGUGUACCAUUCCAGUCCCGCCACUGUCCUGUCUCUCCUCCCUCACUUUCAGAAAGAUCAUCUGUACAGGCACCAUCCAGUAACACAGGCCAUUACGUAUAAUUUUACAGGAGCCCCAUUAAAAAACAAAAAGCAAAUGAAACUAAUUUUCACAACACAUGUUACUUAACCCAAUAUAUGUAAAAUAUUAUCAUUUCAACAUGUAAGCAGUGUAAAAAUUAUUGAGGUGUUUUACAUUCUUAUACUAAGUCUUUGAAAUCCUUUGCAUAUUUUAUACUUACAGUGCAUCUCGGUGUGGACUCGCAUCAUUUCAGUGAUCACAUGUGACCUCUGGCCUUCGUUUUGAAGAGCAUGAGCCCGAGCAGAAAGGCGUGCUUAUGUAACUCACCACGCUAAUUCUUUUAUCAUAUGGAUUUGUGUGUGCGACCAGAGCGUCUUAUGAGCAUCAGUGUUUCCCUGUUUUUGAGCAGACAUUGGGAUCACCUGGUCAGCUCUUGAAGGAGGUGGCAUCAAGCUGAUGCCCAUAGUCCCAUAGUCCCAUAGUCCGUCAUUGAAGAGACGCAUGCUGCAGGCCUCCCUGGGUUGGCAACCAAUCCAGAGAAGCUUUUAUGGUGGCUAACAUCCGUAAAGACCAGAGGGGAUUUUCACAGAAGUGACGCUCUGUUCCUGGGACCUAGUUACUCGUCGCUCUGUGUUCCUUCUUGUCCCCACAGUGAUGCACCAUGCCAAUAGUCGAUAAAUUGAAGGAAGCCCUGAAACCUGGCCGCAAAGACUCGGCUGACGAUGGAGAGCUGGGAAAGCUUCUGGCCGCCUCUGCCAAGAAGGUCCUUUUACAGAAGAUCGAGUUCGAACCAGCCAGCAAGAGUUUCUCCUAUCAGCUGGAGUCAUUAAAGAGCAAAUAUGUCUUGCUGAACCCGAAAACAGAGGGAGCCAGUCGCCACAGGAGUGGAGACGAGCCACAGGCCAGGAGACAGGGCAGUGAGCAUGCCCACGAGAGCGGCGGUGAUGGGGUCCCAGCCCCACAGAAAGUGCUCUUCCCCACGGAGCGGCUGUCUCUGAAGUGGGAGCGGGUUUACCGCGUGGGAGCGGGGCUCCACAACCUCGGCAACACCUGCUUCCUGAACUCGACCAUACAGUGCUUGACCUACACCCCGCCUCUGGCCAACUACCUGCUCUCCAAGGAGCAUACUCGCAACUGUCACCAGGGCAGCUUCUGCAUGCUGUGCGUCAUGCAGAACCAUAUGGUCCAGGCCUUCGCCAACAGCGGCAACGCCAUCAAGCCCGUUUCCUUCAUCCGAGAUCUGAAAAAGAUCGCUCGGCAUUUCCGCUUUGGAAACCAAGAGGACGCACACGAGUUUCUCCGGUACAUGAUCGACGCCAUGCAGAAGGCCUGUUUGAACGGCUGUGCCAAGUUGGAUCGUCAAACCCAGGCUACUACUUUGGUCCAUCAGAUUUUUGGAGGCUAUCUCAGAUCGCGUGUGAAGUGCUCAGUGUGCAAGAGCGUCUCGGACACAUACGACCCCUACCUGGACAUAGCGCUGGAGAUCCGGCAAGCUGCUAAUAUCGUGCGUGCUCUGGAACUUUUUGUGAAACCAGAUGUCCUGAGUGGAGAGAACGCCUAUAUGUGUGCAAAAUGCAAGAAGAAGGUCCCAGCCAGCAAGCGCUUCACCAUCCACAGAACAUCCAACGUCUUAACCCUCUCCCUCAAGCGCUUUGCCAACUUCAGUGGGGGGAAGAUCACGAAGGAUGUGGGCUAUCCGGAAUUCCUGAACAUCCGUCCGUAUAUGUCUCAGAGCAGCGGAGAGCCUGUCAUGUACGGGCUGUAUGCGGUCCUGGUCCACUCGGGCUACAGCUGCCACGCAGGCCACUACUACUGCUACGUGAAGGCAAGCAACGGACAGUGGUACCAAAUGAACGAUUCCUUGGUGCAUUCCAGCAACAUCAAGGUGGUUCUGAACCAGCAGGCCUACGUGCUCUUCUAUCUGCGAAUUCCAGGCUCGAAGAAGAGUCCUGACGGCUCCCUCUCCAGGACUCUCUCCUCCGUUCCCAGCCGUCCAGGCGUGGUUCCAGACCACUUGAAGAAGAACAUUGGCAACGGGGCCGUUGGCUCCCCGCUGACCGGGAAGCGACUGGACUCUGUGCCGAUGAAGAAGCUGCCAGCCACUGAGGAGCUCGGCGUGCCCAUUUCCAGGAACGGCUCCGUGUCGGGUCUGAAGUCUCAGAAUGGAUACGUUCCUCCAAAGCCACCCGUGGGGUCCCCUUCCCCCCGACUCUCCAAAACACCCCCCCACACACCAACCAUUCUGGAUGAGCCUGGAAAGAAAGUUAAGAAGUCGAUGCCCCUGCAGCACCUCUCCCCGUCACGCAAAGCUUCUCAGGGGUUCCAUGGGACCAGCAACGGGAGUGGCCGCAGGAGUGAGAGCCUCAGGCAGGGCUCCUGGGACGGCAGGGGUGCCGCCCUCUCUACCUCACCCAGGCUCCCAGCCGGAGUGACUGCCAACGGGCAUGGGCCCAAGGCGGGUGGCGAGAGCCCCGAGCUCGAUGGGAGGGAUUCCAGCAGCUCCAGCCCAGAGCACUCUGCCAGCAAUGACCCCACCAAGGCCCCCCAGACGCCCAGGAGCAGAGCGGCCCACUUGGGGGAUUCUCAGGGAACACACUCCAGAGCGCUGCCGGAUGGAGACGACCCCAAGGUGGUGAAGCCCAAGUCCCCUAUCCUGAGCCGCACCGCCACCGAGCCCACAAACAUCAUGUCUCCUCCACCAGCCAAAAAACUGGCCCUUUCUGCCAAGAAGGCCAGCACCCUGCGGAGGGCAGCCGACAAUGACCUCCGUCCACCCCUCUCACCACUGUCCGACCUCACCUACCCCAGGAAAACCACUCACCCUGUCGCCGCCGCCUCCUGGCCUGUCUGUGCAAUCAGGGCGCUUUCACCUGCUCCCCCACCAUCCAGCCACCUGAAGCUCCCCGUCGGUGCCCGCUCCGUGUCACUGUCCAGUAGCCCCCGACCUCCCGGGACGUCAGACCCACAGAGCUGCUCCUCCGCCGCUGCUCUCCUGCCUCAGGUCAAUGGGGGCUCCCAGGCCCCUUCACACCAGCUGCCAGAGGCCAGCAGGUCCCCCCAGAGCCUCUGUAAGAAGAGGAAAAGGAACCGCAGGGGAGAGAGCCAGGGGCAGGGCUCAGAGACGAGCGCAGCAGCGGCAGCCUCUCUGGGGAAGAGGAGAAGGAAGAAGCGGAAGCGCGCGGAGGCUGCGGACGCCUCCCCCCUGCAGGAGGGGCAGAUGCAGAGGCAGCACUGGCUCCUCGAGCGCAGGAAGGAGGCCCGGGCAGAGGUGCCCGCCGACAGACUGGAGGACCAGGGCGGACGGCAGCAAGAGAACAGCCGGCAGCCGGGGAGCGGGACCGACGGCCGCCCCGGAGGCAACAGGAAGAGGAGACGGAAGGGAGCCGAGGGCCUCGGUGCGGAAGACUGCCUCCAGCGGGACCCACCGUGGCACAGGAGCUGCUCUCCCUUGGACGUCGUCGAGCUAGAGGCCACUGUAGCAUCUCCGAGGAAAAAGAAAAAGAAAAAAAGACAGCAGGAGUCACGGCAGGAGGUAGAAGAGAACGAGCACCUUGAAGCCUGCAGGGGCGAGAGGCAGAGGGGCUCUGCUCCCCCUGGGAGCCCGCCUUCCCCGCCUGUGAACGGCAGGCGUCCCGGGGACGGAGCAGGACAGGCCCCGGCUCCUCUUGUGUCCUGGAGUAGAGAGAGGGAGUCCGACGUGCUCCAGGAACUGCUCAAGUAUUCGUCAGAUAAAGCUUACGGGAGGAAAGUGUUGACAUGGGCUGGCGAGGUGUCGGCUGUCAGUCAGGAUGCCAUUCAGGACAGCAGAUGGGCCCGCGCCGCCACGGUGAUCGACAACUGGGAUGAAGAGUUCGAUCGAGGGAAGGAAAAGAAAGUGAAAAAGUUCAAAAGAGAGAAGAAAAGAACAUACAACGCCUUCCAGAAACUUCAGAGUAGACGGAACUUUUGGUCUGUGACUCAUCCAGCUAAGGCUACCAGCCUCAGCUACCGCCGCUGACUUUGCUGCUGUCGAGAUGGCCUCGGGAGACAAGGUGUCCCUUCCUGGGCCCUGUCCGUCGGAACUGAAGAGCGGCCUUGUCGAGGACCCCGCUGCCCCGUUGCUGCCAGGCCCACACCGGCUACAGGAGGAAUGCCCACAGGUCUGGGCUUCGUCGCAUCGGGACCUCUGGCGUCACUGCCUGCGCCGUGACAAACCCCACAGUGACGUGGAGAGCGGGUGGCAGCACACUGGCCGGGAACCUGGACAUCAGUGCGUGUGGUCCGUGGCCGAGAGCAGGGGAAGAUGGCGGCCGCAACCCUCCCGGCACAUCCUCGAGCGAGCGAGUGCCCCCAGGGUGAGCGUGUGCGCUGGGCUCCUCUCGGGAGCCGUCUGUCCCCCGCUGCUGGCGGCCGGCACUGCUGUCUGGUCCUGCCUUCCCCAUUUCCGUGGGGCAGGGACUCUAUGCCUUACGUGCCCCCCUGAGAAAGGAAGCCCAGGGCCGCCCCACACCGCACCUCUCCCUUUUCUGGAAUUGGGGGGCGGCGCUGCCAGUGCGUCCCUCCCUUACAAGAGACUCUAAACCAUCUCUGGAGAGAGAAGGCUCUUUUGGGGCCGGCGGGGGGGGGGCGAGAAACGGUGUGCUGACACAUCUGCCUUUCCAGCUGCUGUUGAUUCUGAGGUGGCUUUGCCAUUCCUUCCCCUGCAGCUGCAGCGACCCACGGGUCUGUCGAGGUGGUGGUCUUGGGGUAGAAUCCUUUUAUUUUACUACUUAAUAGAGACAUUCAUUUUGACCAGGUCUGUGGCUUCCAUUAGCAAUAUAUUUCUUUUUCCUGAUAUGCAAUACUGGCUUUAUUUGCUCAAUUUUGUGAGUGCUUUUGAAUUUAGAUGAUUGUAUGACUCAAGAAGAUCACUUUUUUAAUCUUGCUCAAGCUGUGCCUGCGAACUUGUAAUUUAAUAAAUACAGGAAACCCUCAGUUAAGGUGACACCUUCCAGAAAAAAGACACAUGACUCAGUAGCAGAAGGUAUAGAGGUCAAUCCAAAAAUGACUCCACGGAUGUACGUCUCCGCUUCCUCUUCUCCAGAACGCCACACGCGGAGACGGACUGACGUCUGAUGUGGACGUCCGGCCUCCACGGCGGUUCUCCGUGGCCUGAGGCCCACCGAUGGCCUGGUCAGGCACUCCCUUGCCGCUUGCUCUGGGGCCCCGGGGGGAUCGGAAAAAAGUGUUCCAUUUCCAGGGCGGGGGUGGGGAGAUAUGUUAAUUUUUUCACAUAGGUAGUUCUUUUUGAUUUUUCUUCCUGUUCUUACAUUUUCUCUUUGAAAAAGGUGGGGAGAAUAAUGAUGCCCAUGGCGCGAACUGGGGCUGCCUGUGGUCCCAGCAGGACGUGAGCAGGGCACUGGCUGCAUAGACCAGUCUGGGAGCCUUUUGCUCUUUUCUCAGAGGACGGAUUUCUCUGUUAACCACACCUUGUUCGAAGACGAGGGUCGUGUCCCCCCUCCCGCCGCCCCCCCCCCCAGCAACCCCUAGUGCCCUGUGGCUUUGUCAUCUGCCACCUCGGGAGGGAAGGCAGGUGCCUUUGUGGGCAGGGCAUUUUUUUUUCCUCUUCUGGUGUUGACCCUCAUUCCUGUAUGGCCCUAUUUUUCUGUAAUGUUCUGCGGUUGAAAAGGGAAGUUGUCUGCAGCACAGAGUUGAUCUCUUUUCUUGCUCCCUCUUCAAACCAGGCUCUUCCCUUUUCCACUUACGUAAUUAUGAAACUUUUCCUGAGGAAAACAUGCCCACCGUGUCUUGGGCGGUGCUGAGCCCUGGCCUGACUGUCGGCAGCAUUUGUCACUGUUCCAUAGGGGCGAGCCCUUCCCUCCCACACCUGGCCAUCGGCCAAACUGGGAAGGGAAAGGAUGGGCCCAGAAAAUCAGUCCAAACUCUAGGGGACAUGUAAAUAUAUAAAAAUAUAUAAAUAACAAAAGCUUUUAUAAGAGCAGUCACUUGGUUGACUUAGAACGUGGGUUUAAUUUAACUUUGUAUCGGGGGGGGUCGCCUCUCCCGGUGGCCCCGUGUGGCCUCCUUCACCUGCCUUUUCCUGGUGGGCCUAUAGUCCAACCAUGUCCCUGUGCGCUGUGCCUCCGCUCCACGGGCUGAGGCGCCCCCGAUGUUGCCAAGAUCCUGGUGCAAUAAAACAGGUUUUUGUGAGCCCUG